AUGAUUUCUCGGCAUGUUGGCGCGGCCGCGGCCGUUCUGCUUAUCAAUUCUGCAGUUGCUGUAGAUCCCAUUGUAGCCAAGGGUAAAUACUUUUUCAACUCGGCAACCGGCGCACAAUUCUUCAUCAAAGGUGUCGCCUACCAACAAGGCGUGGGCGUGGGCGGAGAAGUCGAGGAUGGAAAGACUUUCACCGACCCUCUCAGUGAUUUCGACGGAUGCAGCCGCGACAUCCCAUACCUCCAACAGCUGGGCACAAACUUGGUGAGAGUCUAUGCUAUCGAUAGCACGGCGGAUCACACCCAGUGCAUGAAUGCCUUGGAUGAAGCCGGUAUCUACGUAAUUGCCGACCUGGGGGAGCCGGGCAAUUCCAUCAACCGCGACGAGCCUCAAUGGAACACAGAUCUCUAUGCACGUUACACGAGCGUCAUCGACAACCUGGCCAAGUUUCCAAACACGUUGGGCUUCUUUGCCGGAAACGAAGUCACCAACAACAAUACCAACACGCAAGCCUCGGCUUUUGUAAAGGCUGCCGUGCGCGACAGCAAAGCCUAUAUUACCUCGCAAAGCUUUGAUCAUUGGAUGGGAGUCGGCUAUGCGACAAACGAUGACGCCGACACUCGCGAUAACUUGGCCGACUACUUCAACUGUGGAAAUCAGUCAGAUGCCGUCGAUUUCUGGGGCUACAACAUCUAUGAGUGGUGUGGCGAGAACACGUUUGAGGCCAGUGGUUAUGAGGAACGGACUCAAGCUUUUGAGAACUAUUCGGUACCAGCUUUCUUCAGCGAGUACGGAUGCAACAACCCCGGUGGCGGUGCUUCUCGAAUCUGGCAGGAAACCGGAGUGCUUUACGGUACUCAAAUGAACCAGGUCUGGAGCGGCGGCAUCGCGUACGAAUACUUUGAAGAACAGAAUGACUUUGGGCUUGUCACGGUUGAUGGCACAAACGUUCAGACCAGCAAAGACUUUUCUGCGCUGGCUGACCAGAUCAAGGCCGUCGGCGACGUACAAACGUCUACAAAGAUGAACUCAACCAAUGCCGUCGUUGCCAACGAACCCCGUGCUUGCCCAGCGGUAACGGGCGAUGGAGGCUGGGCAGCUGCCGAAGCUCUCCCGCCCACCCCGGAUGAGGCCGUUUGUAGCCAGAUGGUGGCAUCUUUGUCCUGUGUGCCGUCCGAGAAGGUCACGACUGACGAUAUUGGCUCCCUCUUCGGCACUGUCUGUGGCAUGGACGCCACGGCUUGCACCGAGAUCACUUCGGACGCAACGACUGGUAGCUAUGGGGCCUACACCAUGUGCAAUGCCACGCAACAAUUGGCAUUUGCUCUCAACCAAUACUACGUUAAUCAGGGCAAAUCGACGUCGGCAUGCAAUUUCAGUGGCCAGGCCAAGCUGGUCAGCCCCACCGAGGCUGCUCCCGAGGUCACGACUGGUUCGGGAACUUCUGAUACCACUACAGGUGCUGAUACCAGUACCUCGUCGGGAAGCACUUCGGGAAGCACUUCGAGCAGCGGUUCGAGCAGCGGCUCCAGCAGUAGUUCCGGCAGCAGCACGAGCAGUAAGUCAGGGAGCGGCUCUACCGGUGCGUCUGGCGGUAAUGGUACGGCUGCCAGCACCACAAACAACACAAAUCAGAAUCAGUCAAGUCAAACUGCAGGAGCAAGUCUGCUGACAUCGGGCAUCGCAGUAUACGCGACCGCUUUGCUUUUCGUCGGAUUGAACCUGUUUGUGAUAUAA